AUGUCUUCACCUGGAAGUAAUCAACCAACCAACGACACACCACUUCUGCAUAUAGACUCAGUUACUCUUCACACUGCAGUCACAAUUGCCAUAUCAGCCAUCAUGGUUUAUAUCAGUGCAAGUAAUGCUAGUAAAAAUGGGAAUGGUGUCGACAAUUCAAAUCUAUGCAACAAUCAAGGAAACCAACAAGUGCCAACCCGCAGCAGACGUAACUCUACACUAGCAACACUUGAUGGAAUUGAUGUGAUGGGAAGCAGAUUAGCACAUGAGGUGAUAUCUGUGAUAGAACGCAAUCCUAAAGUUGAAAAGAUAUCAUUUAUAGGUCACUCACUUGGUGGCCUGAUAUCAAGAUAUGCUAUUGCUAAGCUCUACACACAGAAUCAAACAUACCAAGACAGAUCUGGAAAAAUUGCUGGAGUUGAGGCUAUUAACUUUAUUACAAUUGCGACUCCACACCUUGACUCAAGAGGACACAGACAGGUCCCAAUGUUUUGUGGAGUCAGAGGCCUUGAGAAAGUAGGGUACCACAGUUCAGUGGUGGUUAGAAGAACAGGAAGACAUCUGUAUUUGAAAGACAAUGAUAAUGGAUAG